AUGGGCAGCCAUGCCCUGCACCCUCUCAUUACAGGGACCAAGACACGUAUCACCGCCUUACACCAGCAUGGCGACCAACUGUACGCGGGCUGCGCCGAUGGGUCUCUGCGCGUUUACUCCCUAGCGGAGCUCGAAGACGAGUCUCCUAAGCUGCUUGAGACGCACCAGGUUGGACGGAGACAGAUCGACCAAAUCGGCGUUCUGCCAGAAGCCAAGCAGCUCGUGGUCCUGACUGCCAGAACACCACAUGCGUUCGCCACUACGACGUACUUUGCGCCUGGUCCGGCUAAGGAGGACGGAGGUACGCCAGGGAAGGUCUCGAAGGACCUGCUCGUCAUCGGAUGUCGGAAAAAGGUGCUGGUCUACGGUGCCGGGAAGCAUCUGGGCGAGGCCUGGGAGCUCUCGCUUCCUCAUAGCCCGAGAACUGUCAUCUUUCCGGCUCCCUUCUACGCCGACUUGCCCGACACUGUGCACCUGCUCUACUCUCCGCAGUCCAGCGUGCUCCUCCACAUUUCGAAUGGUCCGGCAGCGGCCUCUCGCCUGUCCGUGACUGAGCUACCGACCACUGGUUACCCGCCCACUGCUGGACCGUCGGAUGCUAAGCCGGGCCACGAGGCUGGAGGCGGCUUCGGCAGCGCCUUCACUGGUUUCGGAGGGAUGCUGAGCAAAGCAGCUAUCCCUGCUGGAACGAGAACAGUAGGCGGAGAGGUGCUUCUGGCACGAGAUGAAGGACGCUUCACGAGGGGCGAGUCGCUGCAGUGGCCCGCGACGCCGGACUUGCUCGCGUUCGGCAACCCGUACAUCUACUCGGUCCUGCCUGCCGCGGCUAGCGUGGGCUCGAGCUCGACUCCGCCGUUGCCAUCAGUGCGCGUACACCUCGCGCCGACGCUCGCCCUGCGAAAUAUUGUGGCCUUCCCGGCUCCGUCCGCCGGCGGUCUGACAGUCUCCGCUAUCAGUGUUAGCUCGAAGGCAGGACCGCAAGGGCCCUCUUUGGGAGAGCCGAAGGUCUUGCUGGUUUCAACUCCGACGGACAAGACACAGCUGAACAGCGAAGGAAGUACCGUGUGGGAGAUGCGGACAGGAGACGUUGGGGACGCAGUCGACGAGCUCGUCAAGGAGGGACGAGUGGCUGACGCGAUCGGAUUAGUGGAGGCAUCGGGUGACGCAAAGUUGGCUCCUCUCUCCCACCUUCGCGUCCUUCAGGCGGUCUCACAGUUUGCGCGUGGAGAGUACCAGCCUGCUAUCGAGACAUUCAUCGCCCAGAACGUUCACCCGGCCAAGGUCGUUGCGCUCUACCCGCAACAGGCUGUCUCGGGGAACCUGUAUGUCCCUCGGGAAGACUGGAUGUCGCUAUUUGGCGCCGUUGAGGGUGCUCGACUAGAACCGCCGGAGCCGCCAGAGUCAGCGCCAGAGCCGGGGACGUCGGUGCCGAAAUCGCUAUUCAACGCACACCUGUCGCUCUCUAGGAAGAAGAGCAAUGAGACUAUCCGCUCUGUGGCGAGCACGGCCAAGGAUGACCGUUCUCCGACGCCAGAUGCCCCCAUCGUCGGUAAGGACGUCCCGGGGAAUAGCACCGAGAUCUCGCGGGCGGCGAUCGACGAGCUCAUCUACUUCCUGUCAGACAGAAGACAGAAGCUGGCCGGCGCCAUCCCCGCUCUCGGCAAGCCGCUGCCCUCGGAAGCGGACAUGGUGCCGCUGUCUGACAUGCCGGCGAAGGAGGUGCACGAGCUGCCGGACGUGCCGAUGACCGAGUUGAACGCUGAGCAGUUACUCCGAACGGCACAGGUGGUGUACACUAGCUUGCUGAAGGUGUACCUCGUUGCGCGUCCGACGCUCGUGGGAAGUCUGUGUCGCAUUGAGAAUUGGUGCGACGUCGCCGAGCGCAUCGACGACCUCCGUGAUCUCUACAUGCAGAAGAACAUGCACGACAAGGCUCUCACACAGCCAGAGGACGAUCCGCUCGACCGGUAUCCGCCGACGAUACGCUACCUCGAGAAGCUCGGCCCGUCACACCUCGACCUGAUCUUUGCCUCUGCAAAGUGGAUUUUCCGCGAGGACCCGCAACGCGCGCUGCAGAUUUUCACCGCCGACGAGCCCGAGGUCGACGCUCUGCCGCGAGCAAAGGUGACGGCGUUCCUCGAGCUAGAGCACUGGCCGAGCGCGGUCAAGUACCUCGAGCACGUCAUCGCGUUAGGCGAGCAGAGCCCGGACCUGCACGACAAGCUGGCGGAGCUGCUGCUGCGGAGUGUGCGUGAGGCGCAAAAGGAGCAGAAGAAAGAGGUCGAGGGUAAGGCGCUCGGCAAGCUGCUCGAGUUCCUUUCGACAUCAACACGCUACCGCGCGUACCGCAUCUUAAGCCAGCUCCGAGGAGAUGGUAAGCUUUAUGAAGCAGGAUCCCUAGCUGACUUCAGAAAUGCCUCGCGCGCGGGCUCUGCUGCAGGGCCGUCUUGGGAACCACGACGCGGCUCUGCGGAUCUACGUGUACGACCUGGGGGACUACCAAGCAGCCGAGGCGUACUGCUCCAAAGUGUACGCAAAGGAUCCCGAUCCGAAGGGCAUCUACCUGCACCUGCUGAAGCUGUACCUCGCGCCGACGCCCGGACGGCGCUCAUCGAUGUCUGGGCGCACGUUCUCGCCACCACCAUCAUCACGCGGCACCUCGCGUCCUGGCUCGCCACCCGUCGCCUCCCCGCCAACCGGCCUCUCCGCCGAGCCGUUAGUGAAACCCGCACUCGAGCUGAUAACGCGGCACGGCCUGCGCAUCGACAGCGACGCGGUCAUCUCUCUGCUCCCGCCCAUGAUCUCCGUCUCCGACGUGCAGACCUACCUCAGCAAGCAGCUGAAGGCGACGCACUCUGCACUCGCCGCGCACCGGAUCCAGAAGGAGCUCGUGAAAUCGCGCAACGUGCAGGUCAAGGGCAUGGUGCUGAACCUGGAGGUGCGGCGGGUGAAAGUCGACGACCAGCGAGUGUGUCCCCAAUGCCACAAGCGGCUGGGCCAGAGCGCCAUUGCAGUGCAUGCGCCGAGGGGCCAGGUCACGCAUCUUCACUGCAAGGACCAGUUCAGCGCUUGGCUGAACAGGCAGUAUCAGUAGCGGCCGAGCGGCGCAGCUGCGAGGCCGCGAGUUACCAGCAGAGAGUCUCCGUGGUGGUCGUCGUGGCUCAAGACGACACGCCCGAGGGACAUUGCGGAUCGGCACAACUCUUCCGCCAACUCCGACGUAAGAGUAGCGUAGAGACAACCCCAAACUAG